GAGGGCUGAAGAUUUCCGGAUCAGCGGGUUCUUCAUCGGGAGACUAGGUGCUGCAGCUUCUUCUACGAGGUGCACUGGAGUCCCCUCCGGGCCCUUUGCUACCGGAGUGGAAGGAGAGUGUGGCGAUGGCGGCCCCUGUACAGCCAAAGAAAAUCGUAGCCCCUACGGUGUCCCAGAUCAAUGCGGAGUUCGUGACCCAGUUAGCAUGUAAAUACUGGGCUCCUCACAUCAAGAAAAAAUCACCUUUUGACAUAAAGGUUAUUGAAGAAAUAUAUGAGAAGGAGAUUGUCAAGUCAAGGUUUGCCAUCCGAAAGAUAAUGCUGUUGGAAUUUAGCCAGUAUCUUGAAAAUUAUCUCUGGAUGAAUUAUUCUCCUGAGGUAUCUAGCAAGGCCUAUUUAAUGUCCAUCUGCUGUAUGGUGAAUGAGAAAUUCAGAGAAAAUGUUCCUGCAUGGGAGACUUUUAAGAAGAAGCCAGACCACUUCCCAUUCUUCUUUAAGUGCAUCUUGAAAGCAGCAUUAGCUGAAAAUGAUGGUGAAUUUUCACUCCAUGAACAGACAGUCCUAUUGCUUUUUCUUGAUCAUUGCUUCAAUAGUUUGGAAGUAGACUUGAUACGGAGUCAAGUACAGCAGCUUAUCUCCCUCCCAAUGUGGAUGGGCUUACAGCCUGCACGAUUGGAAUUAGAAUUAAAAAAAACACCUAAGCUAAGAAAAUUCUGGAACUUGAUUAAAAAGAAUGAUGAAAAGAUGGAUCCAGAAGCAAGAGAACAAGCCUAUCAAGAAAGAAGAUUUCUUUCACAACUCAUCCAGAAGUUUAUCUCUGUUCUGAAAUCAGUCCCRCUGUCUGAACCUGUCACUAUGGACAAAGUUCAUUAUUGUGAAAGAUUUAUUGAACUUGUGAUAGAUCUAGAGGCCCUGCUCCCUACAAGGCGCUGGUUUAAUACCAUUUUAGAUGACUCUCAUCUUUUGGUUCACUGUUACCUUUCCAAUCUUGUUCAUAGGGAAGAGGAUGGUCAUCUUUUUUCUCAGGUUCAUCUUUGCCAACUGGAAGUACGAGCAUAUGAGAAAAAUUCAAACACACUCCACCAGGUGGCAUCAUACCUCUGCCUGUUGCCAACCCUUCCUAAAAAUGAAGACACAACUUUUGAUAAAGAAUUUCUUCUAGAAUUGCUGGUAUCUCGACAUGAACGUCGGAUUUCUCAGAUUCAGCAGUUGAAUCAGAUGCCUUUGUAUCCAACUGAAAAAAUUAUAUGGGAUGAAAAUAUUGUCCCAACUGAGUACUAUUCUGGGGAAGGUUGUCUUGCUCUUCCCAAGUUGAAUUUACAGUUUUUGACUCUUCAUGACUAUCUCCUAAGGAAUUUUAAUCUGUUCCGCUUAGAAUCAACAUAUGAAAUUAGACAGGACAUUGAGGACAGUGUCAGCAGAAUGAAGCCAUGGCAAUCUGAGUACGGUGGUGUAGUGUUUGGUGGUUGGGCACGAAUGGCCCAGCCCAUUGUGGCUUUCACUGUAGUUGAGGUUGCCAAACCCAACAUAGGUGAAAACUGGCCAACUCGAGUUCGUGCAGAUGUCACCAUCAAUUUGAAUGUCAGAGAUCACAUCAAAGACGAAUGGGAAGGUCUUCGUAAACAUGAUGUAUGUUUUCUAAUUACUGUGCGUCCCACAAAACCUUAUGGCACAAAGUUUGACCGGAGAAGACCAUUCAUCGAGCAGGUUGGCCUGGUUUAUGUCAGAGGCUGUGAAAUCCAGGGCAUGCUGGAUGAUAAAGGGCGUGUCAUUGAGGAUGGACCUGAACCCAGACCCAAUCUUAGAGGAGAAUCAAGAACGUUUAGAGUAUUUUUGGAUCCAAACCAGUAUCAACAGGAUAUGACCAAUACUAUACAAAAUGGAGCAGAAGAUGUAUAUGAAACUUUCAAUAUAAUAAUGAGGAGAAAACCAAAGGAAAAUAACUUUAAGGCUGUGCUGGAGACUAUUCGAAACCUGAUGAAUACUGAUUGUGUGGUACCUGACUGGCUGCAUGAUAUCAUUUUAGGUUAUGGGGACCCAAGUAGUGCCCAUUAUUCAAAAAUGCCCAAUCAGAUUGCUACCCUUGAUUUCAAUGAUACAUUUCUCUCCAUUGAACAUUUAAAAGCCAGCUUUCCUGGUCAUAAUGUUAAAGUAACUGUGGAUGACCCAGCUCUACAGAUACCCCCUUUCAGGAUAACUUUUCCAGUAAGAAGUGGAAAGGGGAAGAAAAGGAAAGAUGCAGAUGAAGAUGAAGACACUGAAGAGGCAAAAACCUUAAUUGUUGAACCUCAUGUUAUUCCUAAUAGGGGACCUUAUCCUUAUAACCAACCCAAACGUAAUACUAUUCAGUUCACUCAUACACAGAUAGAGGCUAUCCGUGCUGGAAUGCAGCCUGGGCUCACUAUGGUUGUGGGCCCACCUGGUACAGGAAAAACAGAUGUGGCAGUACAGAUCAUAUCCAACAUCUACCACAAUUUCCCAGAGCAGAGAACUCUAAUUGUUACUCAUUCCAAUCAGGCCCUGAACCAGUUGUUUGAGAAAAUCAUGGCGUUAGACAUUGAUGAGCGCCACCUGCUACGUCUUGGUCAUGGAGAAGAAGAGCUGGAGACAGAGAAAGAUUUCAGCAGGUAUGGAAGAGUUAAUUAUGUCUUGGCUCGAAGAAUAGAACUUUUAGAAGAAGUCAAACGGCUACAGAAGAGUCUGGGCGUUCCAGGAGAUGCCUCAUAUACCUGUGAAACCGCAGGUUAUUUCUUCUUAUAUCAGGUAAUGUCUCGUUGGGAAGAAUAUAUCAGUAAAGUGAAAAAUAAAGGUAGUACAUUACCAGAUGUUAUGGAAAUCUCCACUUUCUUCCCUUUCCAUGAAUAUUUUGCAAAUGCUCCUCAACCCAUUUUUAAAGGCAGAUCUUAUGAAGAAGAUAUGGAAAUUGCUGAAGGAUGUUUCAGACAUAUUAAGAAAAUCUUUACUCAGCUUGAGGAAUUCAGAGCCUCUGAACUGCUCCGCAGUGGACUGGACAGAUCUAAAUACCUGUUAGUAAAGGAAGCCAAAAUCAUUGCUAUGACCUGUACUCAUGCUGCCUUAAAACGACAUGACUUGGUAAAGUUAGGUUUCAAGUAUGACAACAUUUUAAUGGAAGAGGCUGCUCAAAUUCUGGAGAUAGAAACUUUUAUACCUCUUCUCCUACAGAAUCCUCAGGAUGGGUUUAGCCGACUGAAACGAUGGAUCAUGAUUGGUGAUCAUCACCAGUUACCUCCAGUAAUUAAGAACAUGGCCUUUCAGAAGUAUUCAAACAUGGAGCAGUCUCUGUUUACUCGCUUUGUCCGUGUUGGUGUUCCUACUGUGGACCUCGAUGCUCAAGGGAGAGCCAGAGCAAGCUUGUGCAACCUCUACAACUGGCGAUACAAGAAUCUAGGAAACUUACCCCAUGUGCAGCUCUUGCCAGAGUUCAGCACAGCAAAUGCUGGCUUACUGUAUGACUUCCAGCUCAUUAAUGUUGAAGAUUUUCAGGGAGUAGGAGAAUCAGAACCUAAUCCUUACUUUUAUCAGAAUCUUGGAGAGGCAGAAUAUGUAGUAGCACUUUUUAUGUAUAUGUGCUUACUUGGUUAUCCUGCGGACAGGAUCAGUAUUCUAACAACUUAUAAUGGCCAAAAGCAUCUUAUUCGUGACAUCAUCAAUAGACGAUGUGGGAAUAAUCCAUUGAUUGGAAGGCCAAAUAAGGUGACAACUGUUGAUAGAUUUCAAGGUCAACAGAAUGAUUACAUUCUUCUUUCUCUUGUACGAACCAGGGCAGUGGGUCAUCUGAGGGAUGUCCGUCGCUUAGUAGUGGCCAUGUCAAGAGCCAGACUCGGACUUUAUAUCUUCGCCAGAGUUUCUCUCUUCCAAAACUGUUUUGAACUAACUCCAGCUUUCAGCCAACUCACAGCCAGACCACUUCAUCUGCAUAUAAUUCCAACAGAACCUUUCCCAACCACUAGAAAGAACGGAGAAAGACCAUCUCAUGAAGUACAGAUAAUAAAAAAUAUGCCCCAGAUGGCAAACUUUGUUUACAAUAUGUAUAUGCAUUUGAUACAAACCACACAUCAUUAUCAUCAGACUUUCUUACAGCUACCACCUGCGAUGGUGGAAGAAGGUGAAGAAGGUCAAAGUCAAGAAACAGAAUUGGAAGCAGAAGAAGAGGCCAUGCUCAUUCAAGCUGAUGACAUACCAAGUCCACCUGAUGUCAGCUGUAGUCAAGAGACCCUGGCUUCUCGGCCUGAUUCCACCCCCAAUCAGACUGAGACCACUGCCAGUCAGACAGGAGCCAAUUCCAGGCCAGAAACGGUUACUGCUUCUGUGCCAGGAGCUGUAACUACUCCAGUAAAGGCAACCACCCCUCAGGAUGCCACAUCUGCCCCAACAAAGACCAACUAGCCAAAUUGUAGCCCUUUUUAGGGAGGACAUUCAGUCAUAAAGUCUAAGUAAAGUUACUUUUGGUAUUUUACAUUUGCUUCUGCUAUUUCAAUGGCACUAACUAAUGUGCAGUCCUUAUUUUUGUUAACUGGUUGUCCUGUAUGUAUUUUUAAAUUAUAUGUAUAUAAACAGUUCAGUUUAAUUUACUUAAACAGAAAGGCAAAUAACUAUUCCUUUGAUAUUUGAUCACUGAGUGUAUCUAUCCUAAUAUGAUUUCCUCUAGAAUACAUAAGACAUACUUCACAUUUUUAACAAACUCUAGACAAAAGGACAAAAUACACUGGAAUUAACUAUAAGUGCUCUUGAGCAAAUGUUCCAAUUAGAGAGGAAAUGGUUUCUUCUGUCAUGCAUACUGUGGGAUAUUUAAGUUCCAUCAUCUUUGAUUUACCUUUUGUUUUUUCUGUAAAGACAUUCCACUAAGAGCCAUAGGAAAAAGAUUUCUGUAGUUUAUCAAAGAGGUUUCCUUCCCAAGAAUCUCAGAAUGUAUCAGAAUCACCUAGGUUUGUUGUUUAUUCUUAGAGUCCACCUCAGACUUGGUGAAUCAGAAACUCAAAGGUUACAACAUGUCCUGCAGUCUGGUAGUGUUUGGGUUACUGGCAGAGUAGCAUCAGGUAAGGCUGGUAAGGUUAAAGCAGGAUUUGUCACCCAGCUAAAUAGGAACACUCUGGGCAGAAAGCAGGACCCAGACUCUGGGCAACAAUUCAGCUGACUUCAUUCUUUGUGCAGGGUAGAAGACUCCCAGUGUGGAGUUCUGUUUUGUGUCAUUUAGUUUUCUUUGUGGAUAACAAUCCACAAGGAGACCUUCAGGUGUGAAGUGUAUCAUAUUUGGGAGGGUAGAGAUAUUAGGACCUUCCUAUUCUAGUGUGAUUAGCAAACCACUAGCCUUGGUUAUCUUUGAAGUUUAUUAGAAAUGUAGAGAUAUGACCUCUGCUCCAGACCCAUUAAAUCUAAACCAGUAUUUCAACAAAGUUCUUGGCUGAUUUAUUUGCAUUUUCUGGUUUGAGAAGCACUAUAAUGAGAUUAUUGUGUUUUCUGACUACUGACCUCUGCCUAUAAGGACUGUAAAUGGGGUGGCCAGAGCACAAGAGAUGGAUAUAUCUAUAUAGGGUAGGGGAAAUUGCACUUAUUCUCUUUACCCCAUUUUGAUCGUCUGCUAGGCUGGCUGAAGGAGCACUUCCCCAAAGCAUAUCUACUUAGAGAAUUUGAGGAAAGAAUAAGAAUUGUACCUCUCAUCCUGGCAGUUUAAAGGGAUGGUUAAUUCAUAAAGACAUUAAACCCAGAAAAUUCUAUCCGUUGUUUUUUUUUUAGUGACCAGUGUUUGCUCAAUUCUACCAGGCCAUUAGACACACCUAACACAUCUAACUUCAUUAGAACACUGUAUAAAUGUUAGGAGAGGAGGGGGAAGUGAAAGGAAAUGAAAAGGAGUGAAAUGUGGAGGAAACUGUACUAGGAAUCCCUGGUCUAUUUGUUAUCAGAGUAAGGAUCAAGCCAGUCUGUUACAUAAUUUCUCUGAUAUAAGAAUUUGAAAGCAGAUGUUGUGGGCAUCUGUAUUAGGAAUAGCACUCACAGAAUUAUUUUCAUUUGUGAAUAUAUGGUAUCAGGCUAAGCAAGACAGAAAGAAGCUUUACUGUAUUACAGUCUUUCCUGGAAAAGAUUGAUUUUUUUCUCUCUACCCUUUAGAGGAUAUGAAUUAUGAUACCUGCAACCAAAAUAAACAAACUACUAGGCAGCUUUCUCAAACUGUUUUCCAAGUGUCACUUAGAAAAUCUCUCUGUCUAACUGGAUGACCAUACUUUUUUCUUUGCUGCUUGAUUUUUCUACCAUACUUUAAAAAACAAAUGCAGGCGGAAGAUGGGUAAGCCUUUUGUCAAAGGAAUUAAAAAUUGGAUGAGGAUAGGGGAAUUAAAUUGUUCACUCACUGGGAAGGCCAGAAAGUUACAGAAAAUCAUGGAACUUUUAAAGGAAUUUAAGGGAUUCUUUUUUAAAACAAUGAGGAAACAGAAUGGAGAGGCUUAACGUGGCUGGCAAAUGGGGCUGAGGGCAAAGUUAAGUCCAUACUCCUAAGGCAGUGUUUUAUUUAUGUUUCAAAUCUAUAAGAGUGAUGGCUUUUACCAAUUCAAGAGUUUUCUAUAUAACAUGGGAUUCUACAGACAGGUACUAGAGUCGUUGACUAUUGCAGAUUAGUGUUCCCAUUGCUCUCCAUCCUGUUUUUCAUAUUUGAAUAUGUCAUGAUUUGGAAUUCUAUUUUUAAAAGGAAACCAAAAAGAUGCAUGCUAAGAGAUUGAGCAUGAAAUGAAGCAAUUCAAGUACUGAGACUUUUUUUUCCCCCACAAAAUGCUGAGUUAAGAAAGUUCAUUACCAGCAGCUGAGAAAUAAUAACUCCAUUGAUUUGGGCAAAUGAAUGAGUAGAUCUAAAUAAACAUUAUCAGGACUCUUGAAGUUGGUGUGAUGGUAAAAGUUGAGAUGUUUUGCUAAAUACUAAAAGAAAACUGCAUAAGUGGAUCAUUUAUGUUUCUAUUAAAAAUGAAAUUUUUAUGAUCAAGAAAUAGCAUGAUAUUAUAAAGCAAACUUUGCACUCACCCUGACCUUGCUUAAAUUUCACCUAAUUUGCUUAUCGGCCUUUGAUUUGAACUUAGGCAGGAUUUACAACUUUAUAACCUCUGUAAGCCCCAGUUUUCUUCAUAAAAACAGGGAAGAAAUCUGCUUGGGGUUGUUAGUUUGUGUUAUAGAAUAAUGUUUAUGAAAAGAUCCAGCUUCUAGGCACUCAGCAAAUAUGUCUCUCUCCUCAUUUUUCUCCAAAACUUUGUGACAAUGUAGUUAGUAAGUUGUCAACUAAUCCUUUAACUUGACCACCUACCUAUGUCCUUAUCCAGAGAGCACAGAGGAUAAUGAAGGGGACAUGUGAUGCAAUUGACAUUUGAGGAUGUAUCAAAGAUCAGGUCUUCUGGUUAGAAACUUCUCAGUCAGUCCAUUAGAGCAUUGAGGUUAGUCUCUGCUGAAACUAACAUGCUCACAGAACAGUGUCACCAGAGGGAUAGUCACUAGGUUCCAUCAUGCUUCUGAUACGUGGAACUAAUCAGGUCUAACAGUUGUGAAUCCUGUACUGCCCCAUCCUUAAAUCAUUUGUUAUUAGAUUUUCUUGGUUUUGUGCCUUGAGUGUGCUAUUUUCUUAUUUUUCAGUCAUUCAAAUGGUGUUUUCAGAGCCAUUUCUUCAAUUAAAUCAAGAUACAAAAGAUUUUUUAAAAAUCCUUUUGUAGGAGCCAGAAGAGCUGUAAAAGAUAAGCAGUGCUUUCUGUAGAAAACUCUUGGCUAUUAGCUUUUGUAAUUAUUAGGCAAUCAUUGAUGUUAAUAGAUAUUUAAGAAUGGUGGAACUGGAACUGUACUUAAAGCCAGGCUUGUAAGUGAAGAUAUGGGAGGCUAUAUUUCCUUUACCCACUGGUACUCUUUAGUGCCCCAAAAAAGCUUUAAUUAAAUGGGAUCUAGAAGCUUUUGAUGCUCUGGUUUUUCUUCCUAGGAACAAACCCUAGCCCAGUCCCCUGGAGCGAGGCUCAGAAUACAGUCUGGUUACCACUGACAGUGUGCCAACUUUAUUCUCUUAGCCCUCUCCCUUUGGCUUACACAAAUUGCUGUGGUUGGUUAAGCUCUUUCACUUACAUACAAAGUUUCUGGUCCUAUUACUGUUCAGCGUAUUUCAGAAAAUACUAUUGAAAAAUACUCUGAAAAACCAAUUUCCUUGGUCAAGUAUGUUUGGGAAACAAAAUGAGUUAUUAUUCCCCAUUUGCAGAAUCUCACUUGGCCAAAUAAAGGUUCAAGAAGUUCUGCUGGAAAGAAUCAUGUUUAUAA